AUGCGUUACACCACUCUCACCGUGCUUGCUAUCGCCCUCCUCACGGGCAAUGCCUUGACUGCUCCCGCUCCUCAGGGCGGCGCUGGUGCCAUCGGAGGUGGUAACGGCGGAGGUGCCGGCAAUGGUGCCGGAGCCGGAGCUGGAGGCAACACCGGCAACACUGGCAACACUGGCAAUGCUGGCAACAACAACCAGCAGCCUCCUCCUCCUCCUGCCAACGACAACACUCCCCCUCCUCCUAAGCCCAACAACCGCCGGGCGGUGAACCCUCAAGCGGCUCCUCCUCCUCCUCCUCCCAAGGAGAACACCCCUCCUCCCCCGAAGCCCAACGGAGCGAGAGCCAUCGACCCCAACCAGCAGCCUCCCCCUCCUCCCAAGGACAACAACACUCCUCCUCCUCCCAAGCCUAACAACAACGCCAGAGCCGUCAAUCCCAACCAGCAAGCUCAGGCUCCUCCCCCUCCCCCGGCCAACGACAACACCCCUCCUCCUCCCAAGCCUAACAACGCUCGGGCUGUCGACCCCAACCAGAGACCCCCUCCUCCUCCUCCUGCCACCAACCAGCAGGCUCCUCCCCCUACUAUCUAA